AUGCAUAAUCGUAUAAAGAUCGAAGCUUCUGGAAUCGACUGUCUUCCAAGGUUAACUCAUCAUGCAGUUUGUUUUGGUGAGGAUUCUGGAUNAAAUGUCUGGCGAGCACACCAUGAACUAAAAUGUCAGAUUCUUAAUUGGAAAUUCUUCAAGUUCUGCUCAGGAACAAUAUCACAUUACUCUUCUACUUACACCUUGAUUAUCCCUACUAGUCUUAGUUUAUCAGUCCCCUGGUCCGCUAUUUGGAUGGACCCUUGUUCAUCUAGAGACGAACUUAUUGUUAAGAUUAGGAAACCUUAUACAAUCACUAAACAACGUGAGAGGUGGACGGAGGAGGAGCAUAACAGAUUCCUAGAAGCUCUCAAGCUCUAUGGCCGUGCUUGGCAGCGAAUAGAAGAACAUAUUGGAACAAAGACUGCUGUCCAGAUCAGAAGUCAUGCGCAAAAAUUUUUUACGAAGUUGGAAAAGGAGGCUCUUGUUAAAGGAGUUCCAGUAGGAAAUGCACUUGACAUCAAAAUUCCUCCUCCACGUCCUAAAAGGAAACCAAAUAAUCCUUAUCCUCGAAAGACAAAUAUGAGAGAUCCUACUUUGCAGGUAGGAGUGAAGGAUGGGAAAAUAUCUUUACCAGUUUCUUCUUCACGCUCGCAUAAAAUGAUACUGGAUUUGGAGAAAGAACAAUUGGUUGAGAAACCUGGUGAUAAUGGAAAUGUGGGUAACACUAUGGAAUACCAGGAUGACAAUAGUAGCAGUGAGGUUUUCAUACUUCACAAGAUGGGUCCUAGUUCCAUCCCAUCUUCAGAAAUCAAAAACUCCUCACCAGCCUCGAUUUCAACAAGACAAAUGUUUACUUUUACGGAAUUUGUCCCAUUCUCGAAAGAGGCAAAUAAUCUGGAUGAAACAACUGAAUCACGCGUGACUAUUGAUUUCAAGGGACAUCAAAUGGAUGAAUCUGAUGACAAACAGCUGUUCCAGGAUAAUAACUCAUGUAACACCGCAAAUUUUGGGAAUCCUCACCUGUUACUAGAGAAAUCUGUGCAUGAAAAAAGAACAAAUGAGCUGAAUCAGACUGAAAAUGUUAAUUCCUUGCCAGCCGACGAUGAACAUGUCCCUGUGCACAUUGUUGAUGGGAGCUUAGCAAUGAAUACAGAAAACGUUUCUGCAGGCAUUUCAUAUCCAGAAUCCAUGUUUCAUCAUAUUAGCGGAGUUCCUGGACAUCCAAACCUAUUCAUGAAUUCACCCUCAUCUGCUACUUCUGAAUAUCAUAAGAAUGCAACAUCUAUAAGUCAACCAUUUCCAAGUUUCCACCCAACACUCACCCCGAUCCAGAACCAAGAUGAUUAUCGAUCGUAUCUGCACAUGUCAUCUACAUUUUCAAGUCUGAUUGUAUCUGCUCUUUUACAAAAUCCGGCAGCCCAUGCUGCAGCUAGCUUUGCUGCUACUUUGUGGCCAUGUACAAAAAUGGUAGUCCCGUCAGACUACCCAGUAGGCACAACCGGAGGAUUUCAACCAAGGCAGAUAAAUUCAGCACCUAGUACGGCAGCAGUUGUUGCAGCUACAGUGGCAGCUGCAACAGCAUGGUGGGCAGCCCAUGGCUUACUUCCGUUGUGUUCACCAUUUCAACCUGCAUUUACUGGUUCUCCUGUAUCUGCAUCUGCAUCUCCAAUCCAUUCCACUCAAGAUAGAGCAGCAGAUAAGCAAAGAAGAGAAAAAACUGAUGAUCCUACCUUAGGAGGUCAACAACUAGAACCAGAUUGCUCUGAGGCUUUCCCAAAGCAGCAUUCUGCUUUAAAGUCAGCGACGUCAGAUUCUGAUGAAAAUAAAGGUGCAAAGUUAAAUAUUGGGUUAACUGCUAAUGAAACUGAAAAAGCUGUUGAUGCAGCUGAGUUGAAUGAUUCUAACAAUUUGAAGAGAAGAAAACGGGUGGACGGUUCUUCAUGUGGAUCCAACACUCCUUCCAGCAGUGAAGUAGAGGGUGCUCUGGAGAAGCAUACGCAAGACAAAGAAGAGUCAACAGAACUUGAUGUAAAUCAUUUAUCAGGUGAGUCCACUAAUCGGCGCACUAGAAGCACCGUAACUGUAAGUGAUUCUUGGAAGGAAGUAUCCGAAGAGGGACGAAUGGCUUUUCGGGCACUCUUCACUAGAGAUGUAUUGCCACAGAGUUUUUCCCCUCUGCAUGAUUUAAAGAAAAUGGGAAUGAAAGAGAAUGAUAAGGAAACUGCAGAGGAGAAAGAUGAACAUGGAUUGCAGCUAAACCGUAGUGUUAAGACAUGUGGUGCCUUUUUGCAGAACCAAGAAUUAGAAAACAAUACUUCUUUGAUUGGUGAAAACAAGGAAGAUAGAAGGCUGAGUAAGGAACUUGAACAUGCAAAACUCAAAGCUUUCUGCGCAGGUUUCAAACCUUACAAGAAAUGCUCGGUGGAGGCAAAAGAGAACCGGGUGGCUGUCAACAGCCAGAAUGAAGAGAAAGGUCCCAAAAGAGUACGCCUCGAAACAGAGGCUUCCACUUAA